GACACUACGGCUGGUGAGGUCAGGCAACAUCCUUACAACCAUGAUUAUUUCAAAAACAUGUGUUAUGUCUUCAUUUGCUGCGUGAAGAUAGGUUAACAAAGCAAAUGGUGAUAUGUAAUAUUUUCAGUAUAUGUGUGUAAAUCAAUACAAAUAUAAUAUGAGCAUCUAUGUAUAUGUAUUUUGUCUAUUAUGCUUUGCGAAAUUGGAUCUAUAUUCUGUAAAAAAAAGCCUUUUGAACUUUCCUUGUUUCUCCACCAAGUUAACCAGCAAAAAUGGGCGAUCGGAAUAAUCCUAUUAAAUUCGGCCCGGAAUGGCUCCGCAACUUGGCACGCGAGCGCAGCGCCGGCAGCUCUGCGGCUACCAGUCAGAAUGCUACCUCCACGUCAGCCAGUGCCUCGGCGACUGGGCCAGGGCCAUCCGGAGGAGCCACCAACACAUCUAGUUCUAACGCAAAUACAAAUAAUCCUUCAAAAAUUCAACUGGCUAAACUCAGAUAUGGUAGAGAAGAGAUGUUGGUGCUCUACGAUAAAUCAGCAGAAGCACCAUCCGAGCUGAAGUGUAUAGAGAUGUUAUAUCAACCAAGGGGAAAGCCACCAGUGGCGCUAAACAACACUUUCGAAGAUGACAUGAGAGAUACAAUGAGAGGAGCCGCACCACCUGUAGGAGCAAUGUCUCCAGGUGAAAGAUAUGGGGCAGGCCGGGGAACAGGUCGAGGCAUGACUCCUCCAGAAGUACGUGGGAGAGGGCGAAUGCCUUUCGUCCGUCAACCAUCAACAGGGAGGGGAACAACAUCUUGGCAUUUAAGCAGCCCUCGUAUGCCUGGGUAUACCAGUGGAGGAGACGAGGAUUCAUCUUCCCCAUUACGAUCUUGGAACAAUAACAGUAAUGGGGGCAAUGCUACAUUAAGAAGUGGUGGUGAUCAAAGUGAAUGGAGUCAAAAUAAAAUGUAUAGGAGCAAGCGGCCUGGCAGCAAUACUAAUUGGCGGCAGGCGUCACGCGAAGAUGAAGAUUGGCGUCCACAAGAUAACAAUAGGUCUCGCUCGACACAGGAUAAAUGGGAACGAGACUGGGGCGACCGACCUAGCCAAGACAAAUCCCAGUCGUGGAGCUCAAAUCGUCGGACAUGGGUGGGCGGCGACACACAGUCUAAUGAAGAAAACUUGCCGGAAUGGGCGAUGGAUGGACCUGGCGCUUGUGGCGGAACGUUUGACUCUUCUGGCGCAUUCCACGGUUACAGUAAUGAUGAUACCAAUUUACCAAAAAGUCAGGAAUCCGCGUAUGCUCUCACGCGUUCGCAUACACAUGGAAGUUUUGUGCGCUCAAAACCUGCAGAAGAAGGUUCAGAAGAGUGGUGGGCUUCUGAAAAAGCAAAAAAGUUGUCCCCAAAAAGAUUUGACGCCAGUGAUAUUAAAUUCAAGAAGGCCAAUUCCGUUAUUCCGGAUUUAAAUUCCGGGGCAAGCUCAAACACAAAUAAUUCAAACACUACAAAAGAAGAAUCUCCGGCCAACAAAGAGACAGAGUCGUCGGAGACUCUCGCCGCUCAAGAACAUGCCGAGGGCAAUUCUGCCAACAGUCCCGAUGACGCCUUCAAUAAAAAGAGCGUUCGGUUCACAGAGAGUAAAACAUUCGAUGCGCUUAUGAGAUCAGACAUAAAUCUAGAGGAAGCUAGUGAUGAAAGGGGCAACUUCCAGUCUGUUAUGAUCACACCAAAUAAUAGCUUGCGUCAAAAACACCAAAAUAUUGUGGCCGCCGCCAAUAAUAUGAGUAGACAAAGUCGGAAACCUGGAAUUCUUCAAAUGUUACAUGGCGCUCAAGGCGGCGGACAAAAUCCUGACAGUGAACUAGCGAAGCUACGGGGACCUGAAGAUAAAAUAGUGGAUGAUAUCAUGGAUUUGACGUUAGAAGACAGACAAAUACUUUCAAAAUUGCCAACUGAUGUGUUGCAGUCAAGUUCAGGGACAUCUGCUACAAUGUCCACUAUGGUCAAUUCAGUUUCCCAAAUGAAUGCCCCUCCCAUGCAAUUAAGAAUGUCUAGUCCUGUUCAUCUGACACAAGGCCUGACAAUGAUACCCAAAUCCAAUAUGGUGACCCCUGGAAUACAAUCUGUCGGGUUGCAAAGUUCUGGACUGCAGAAUGUUGGCAUAACGAAUUCGGCGCUAAAUGCGUCUUUAGGACUACCUCUUGGGCCUCCCAAUAGUGGUAUGGGUCAGUCAAUGGGCCAAGGCAUAGGUCAGGGUAUGGCUCAGAGUAUGGGCCAAAGUAUGGCUCAGAGCAUGAAUCAAGGAAUGAAUCAGGGAAUGAGCCAAAGUAUAGCCCAGAGUAUGAGCCAGGUUUCAGGCCAAGGCAUGGGCCAGGGUAUUGGUCAGAGCAUGACACAGAAUAUGGGACAAAAUAUGGGUCAGAAUAUGGGUCAGAGUAUGGGUCAGAGUAUGGGUCAGAGUAUGGGUCAGAGUAUGGGUCAGAAUAUGGGUCAGAGUAUGGGUCAGAAUAUGGGUCAAAACCUGGUGGGUAUACCGUUGCCGAGCGGCCCGCCGCCUAUGCUACCGGGACAGGGUAUAGGGAACCCUGGCAUGGGUCCUGCAGGGCUACAAGCAGGCGGCCAAAGUAUCCCAGGGUUCCCCUCGGCCGGAAUACCGGGAAUGUCAGGUGCCAAUGUUGUCAACAGUUCAUUGUUCUUGGGGCAAAGUAACAACAAUUCUUCGCUACAAUCACCUGGUGACUUGCAACUGAAUCACGCGAGUCAAACUAACAUGUUCCCGAUGCACGGCCUGCAGCACUCGGGGUCACAAGCAGCAUUUAACACUUCCAUAUACAGCAACCUCAUACAGCAGUCGCAACAGCCAAAUCCUCCCAACUCGCAAAAUCUUGCAGAUCAGUGGUAUUAUGAAGAUCCAACGAAAAACAUCCAAGGUCCAUUUUCUUCCAAGGAGAUGUACAGCUGGUACCGCGCAGGUUUCUUCAGCCCCAGUCUCAUGGUCCGAAGAGCGUGUGAUGUUAUGAUGCGUCCACUUGGUUCUUACGGACCAGUUGUUCCAUUUGCGCAAAUGGAUAUGAUGUCGCCAUUCCCACUCGGCGGCAGCUUCGAGCCACGUGGUCAAGGGCCUCACGAAGCUAUGCUCAACUCUCAACAAGGCCUUGGAUUAGACGUAAUGAACAUGAGCAAUAUGUCCAACACCAACUCUAUGGACUCAAUACAAUUUGGGACUGUGGGUCUAAUCAGGAAUCAAUCUUUUGGCCAACAGCAAAUGGUGGAGUCCCUGUGGAGCCAGCCGCCUCCGCACCCGGACCUGAUGUGGAUGCAGCAGGCGAUGUCCGCCCGCAACGAGACGCAGGUCAACAACUUGCCCAUGUUCUUCUGGGACCAACAGCCUUCCGCUAUCGCGUCCAAAGCUCUACUGCCAGAAGAGAUUGCCAAAGAGAUGAAAACUGAGGAUCAGAUACUUGCUCAACUGCGAGCUUCUCAGGCGAUGGCUGGGCCUCCGAAGCUGCCUUUCGUAUGCGAGCCGCCGCCGCCGCCGCCGCCUGGCAAGUCUGAUGACGUGUUCCCCAACGUUAAUGUCACCCCCAACCUGGAAGAGCUACAGAAACUGAUACAAGAGGACACCCUGAAAGACGUAGCCCCUCCUAUAGUAGAGAAGAAAGAAGACAAUGAGGCUCAGCUGAUCGCAGAGAAGGAACAGCAGGCGGCAGCGGAGGCGCUGGCUGCUAAAGUGGCCGCGCAAAACAAAGCGGCUGCCGAGAAAACCGCCAAGCAAACUAAAGAAAACGAAAAAUCAAAUAAGAAUAAGGAAAAUAACGUCGCUAAGAGUAAAAACAAUAAGAAAAACAAGGAAGAUAAGAGGGAUGAUUCUGAAUCAAAGAAAGAAGAAGACAAUUCUAAGGUGGAGAAGCGGUCAAACGAAACUUCGCCAACUAAGAACAAGAAGGAUGAGAAAUUAAACAAAAAGGAAAUUGAGAAAGAGAAGAAGGAAUGGAUCAAAGAGGGCUUCACUAUUGUCAAGGCUGAAAAGAACAAAGACAACAAGAAGAAAUCUGAAGAAACCAAAGUAUUAGAGGAGGCGGAACGCAAGAGGCGAGAGGAGGAACGUCUCAUGGCUGAGGAGGAAAAAAAGAAGAGGCAGGCAGAAGCCCUUAGGAAACAGCAGGAAAUGCAACUGCAACAACAGCAGCAGCGUCAGGCGGAGUCGGUGGCGAAAAAGGCGCCGUGGUCGGCGGCGGCGCAGGCGCAGGCGCCCAACAAGGACGGGCUGACGCUCGCGGAGAUCCAGCGCCUCGAGCGAGAGAAGAAACUUGAGCAGAUGAAGGAACAGCAGCAGAUGAUGCAGAUCAUCGCGCAGCAGCAGGCCGCCGCGCUCGCUCGCGAACAAGAAAUGCAGGCUGGUCUCGGUUGGGCCAAAAAGAAGAACAACAUGAACAUGCAACAGGGACAAAGCAUGGCCGAAAUUCAGGCGGAGGCUCGCAAGCAGCAGGCGGCGGCGGCGGCCGCGGCAGCCGUGUCCGUCUUCGAGGAGGCGCAGGCUCUGCCCCCGCCAACCAUCAACCACAUGCCGUGGGGUAACUCGCAAAAUGGAGGCGGAUUCUGGGACUCGCCUACAAGCCAGCCGCCUAAGCCUAUCGAGCCGCCGAAGCAGCCGAGUGCCGUCGACGUAAACAAGGCCAAGAAGAAACCAGUCCCGGUCAAGAAGGAGGUGACGCCCGCCGCUGAGUUCGACAGCUGGUGCACCACUAUACUCACCUCCUGGAGCGCCAAGAUCGAUGUUCCUACGUUCGUCGGUUUUCUGAAGGAUAUCGAAUCGCCGUAUGAAGUGAAGGACUACGUGAAGUGCUACUUGGGCGAUUCUAAGGACUCAAACGAUUUUGCUCGCCAGUUCCUUGAAAGGAGGUCAAAACUCCUACGCGUGGGCAUGGUGACUCCCUCCGACGACCUCUGCUCACCAGCUAUUGCCGUCAAUCCGCGCACCACGUCGGGAUCUGAUUAUCAGGAGGUUAAGAGCAAGAAGAAGACGAAGAAGAAAAUGAUGAAGGUGGACGCUAACAUCCUCGGAUUCUCCGUGACGGCGGCCGAGGACCGCAUCAACGUGGGCGAUAUAGACACCGUCUAAGCGCCCGCGCACCGUGUUCACUAACUCGCCUUGUGAUAUCAUUAGCCGGGUCACAACCUGUGGUACUCUUACUAGACUAUACUUUCCUUACACGCGACAAUAAAUAGUACACUCUUACGGCGCACUCUACUACUCAUAACAGUAACGCACCAUGUGCUAGCCGCUAAAGUGCGGCCCCCGAAAUAAUGACAAUCUGACAGCAGUCAAGUUCGUAAUACAAAUCUGCAUGAGAAACUCUUAAAGCGUGGGUUCCACCAAAGCGGAGAAAAGAGACGAGUCGGAUCGACCAAUCACCGCGACGGAGAAAACGACGCUUCCCUCUCGCACGCUGUGAUUGGUUGAUUCCGCGAGUCCUCGCUCGUCUCCUCUCCUUUAUGCUAUGACGGAAACCAACCUUACAAUUAUAGAACCGUCAAUUCGUUCUUUCAGUGGCCGCAUUUUACAUUUACAACAGGAUACUAGCAGGUUAAUAAACUAGAACUAACUGAUACAGGCUUCCAAGAACAUGUAUUGACGUUAUCUUACGUCCAAUCUACACCAUAUAGAAAAUAUCCCAUAAAGUUUAAAAUUAUGUCGAAAUAAUGAGGAUAAAAACUGUCUAUAUCUCCCAUUAGGUGUCGCUACUGUUGAGUGUUCUUAAAUUUUGACAGUUCUCCAUAUUAUUUGUGUAAACAAGCAUAUUGUUUUGGUUAUAUUUUUACACUUUAACCGUUUAACUGCAAAAUCAUAGUGUUAUAUUUAUUUUCUAAAGAUCGGGAAGAAGAAACCUCCGAAAAACUUAUUAUCAAUCAAAACUGCAUUUUUCCAACUGAUGGUUGCUUUUCGUUUUCAUAACUUAUCCUUAAGUCGGCAUACACUCCACGUUGCUCCACAUUUUAUAACAAUUUAUUACAAAUUUUAGCUGGACAACAUGGAGAACUGUCAAUAUUUAGGAACACUCAACAGUGCCGUCACCUACAUUUGAGCUUCUAGUUUUUAUCCUCAUUCACUGGAAGACGUACGCCAAAGUGACAACCCUCAAGCAGGUGAAGGGGCUCACUUUAAAAAAUAUUCGCACGGUACAUUAAUAGACUUCUUAUCGAAUGAACUGAAGACUUAAUUUUUUAAGUAUCUGAGAAAUGAAUGCAUGUACAUACCCCCAAAGUUUUGCGAUAAAAAUAAUAAUUAAUAAAAAUAGUCUUCGUUGGAAAAAACAUGCAUCAUAAGUGAUUGACGGAAUACGUCCCUCGGGUACCAAGAGUUAUAUUAUUGUACUAGUUUAAAACAACACUUAUAAACACUUCCCGAAGCGGUAGUAGUAGCACACAUAAAUAUUAUUUUUAUUGUUUUUUCAUCGAACGCGAUAUGUAUCGCAUGUCCAAAAAAUAUCGCUUCUUUGGUUUCGUAAAGACCGCGUAUUAUGACCGCUUCCACACUAGGGAAAAAAAUAUAAACAUUACCGAGUUUAGCUUGCUAGAGUUACACGUUUUUUGUUCCUGCUGCUAGCAACUAUGAAUGCCAAUAAUGUCGGUGGCAUUUAUUACCAUUCACGGCGUCCAGACGUUUCAAAACAAUCGUAAUGUUCCAUCGUCGAUACAGUUGUAAUAAAAUCUCAGACGUGGAUAGGAUAUUUGUACCAUAUAAAAAAAUAUUGCUGCAUUCCUUUUGAAAUUACAGAUUACAAUAUCAGUUCAAUAUUACAUUCAUAUUAUUACAACUAAACGUAAAAUCAAAGUAGUAUCUUGUUAAUUGUUUAAGAGUUAUACAUACACACAAAAGUAUGAUAGAAAAACACUUAUGGAUAAUAAGUAAUAUGAACUUUUGCUAUAUAUUCGGGAUGCACGGGAAUUAAGUGAAGAUCUCGUCAAUUAGCCAUAACUUAGUCGCGUUAUGUACAGUGGUAAACAAAACUUAGCUCAAUAUAUAAUCGAAGUGUCAGACACGUUUUAAUAUAUUUAAAUGUUGUGUAAUCAUUCGUUGUGUAAUAGAAACAGUCGUAGAUGCAAAGGUACUUACAGAGGAAAUUUACUCGUGUUUCGUAGGUACUAUGAAUGCCUUAAAGCGUCGCCGUGAAUCAAACAAUGUCUACCCACCCUAUUUCAAAAAUGUGUAAUAACUACUAAGACGUUUCGUGUUAAAAGAAUCUACAUUGUAAGGAAUUGAAGAUUCUCGAAACUUACAGUUGCGGCAUCCUUCCGGAGGAGGUAGCUGUACUGUGGUUGCCUAACUCUUCGCCCCGCACCAAUUCGUCGGGCUUGGCUCUGGGUCUUACUUGGAGCUAGAUUGACCUCACCUCUGGGUCUUACUUGGAGCUAAAUUGACCUCACCUCUGGGUCUUACUUGGAGCUAGAUUGACCUCACCUCUGGGUCUUACUUGGAGCUAGAUUGACCUCACCUCUGGGUCUUACUUUAGUCUAAAUGGCCGUAAGCCGCUAAGGAGUAAGGCAGAGCGCGCUACAACAAAAAAGAACUUGAACACUAUUAAUUACCGAAGAUUAUUAUAGAUCUACGAAAAUCGUUGAGUGCCUACGGGAACAUCCCCGAGCCCUACGUGAUAUUUAUGCGUGUGUAUGUAGUGUGUAAUUCCGACAAAGUUGUGCCUUCAGUGUGUUCUUGGCGUCGGUUGGUGAACAUAAUCUGAUUUCAGAUUAUAAUUUUAAACGUGGGGCUAUAAAACGUAAGUUUUCCCCGAUUUUUUUAUACCAGCAUGACUUGAAUCUUCGACUUGCAUUAUAUUAAUGUUAUAUGAAAUGUUUUAAAGAAUGAUGUUUUUAAUUUUAAUACAAUAUUAUUUAUUCUAAAACUACCGUGCAAUUGAUGGGGUCGAUUAAACCUAGCCUAAAAUGUAGACAAGUGUAUGUGUGUUACAGAAUUGAAAUGCAGAACGGAAUUCGUUUAUUGAUUAACUAUUUGUAUUUUAAGCAUAAUAAAAGUAGACUGCGAGUAGAAUUCUUCUCGUAUAAUGGUAUAUCUGUUGUGGGCUGAUCUUUAAACCGGGCCGAUAGAGAUUUGCCUAGGCAGAUCGUGAUAUGAUGUGCCCGUAAUUCAUGAUAGGUCCCACUAAUUAAUACCAACUGUAGCGUUUGAAUCAUAACGUUUUGGCAAGUUAAGAUAGUAAUACAUAAUUUGAAAUUUUACUAAAAAAAGACGCGUUUAUAAAGAUUUAGCCAGCUGUGCUAGUCUGUAGGGUGUCCAAAGUUUAAAAUAAUUUUAAGAUAAAACAAAUGUAAACCUACACGUAUACAGGGUGUUAGUGAUAUCAUAACGAAAAAAAUAUAACAUCUACUUGAUUGUAGUAAAAACGAUGGUUGGUGUUUUUCUUGUCGCAAACGUUUACCUAGGUACCUCACAACACACGCUCUUUGAUAUCCAUGUGAGCUUGUCAAUAACACAUUAACUUUCUUCCAUACUCUUGCGCAGUAAAUGGUCUAUGAUCCAUCAUCAUAGGCGACACUGCUCCCUCUUCUUCUUCUAUCGUGUGGGUUGUGAGAUGGAGUACCAACCUCAUCAACCCUGCUUUUAGUUACUACUCACUUACAAAACAAACUCAAAUCACGAAAAAAAAUCCUCUAAAAAUUUGUCGUCCACGCCACAGAUUAGGUAACAGUUACUACGUAACCCACGCGCGAUCUAAGUUUGCAUCUGAUUCGACGGUAGCGCAGUGUCAAAGGAGCCGCCGCCACCCGCAGCUACCGAGCCGUCGAGUAGACUGAGAGAGAAACAUUUUUUGUUGUAGGCGGUAGACUGAAAAAUAAAUAGGAUUUGGGGGGUUAAAAUGGCCGCAUCGAAGCAAUUCAUCUAAGAAAGUAAUAUUGCAAUUUUUUUAGUGCAAUUGGUUUACCAUUGAUUGUUUUUAAUAAUUUCUCAUUUUUAUUUUAAAUUUAGAUUCUAAGCAGCUGAAAACACAACAUGGAACUGAAAAUAAUAAUAAAAAAAACCAAUAGUUUCAUGAAUUUUGCGCCAGGAUUGUCCACUUGAUAUCAACUCAGAUUUAUAGUCUGAAUCAUCCCCUAAGUUUUCGUUAUGAUGUCACUAACACCCUGUAUUUUGUUAAUUAAUAAUUUAAAUAAAAUAAAAAUAUUGAUAUUUUAAUAAUGAAGAAAAAUAUAAAUAAUAAUUUUAAUAUUUUAUUUUAUUAUUAAUAUAUAUUUUCAAUGUAUUCAUUAAUUUAUCAUUUUAUUUUAAUUAUUUAUUCAGAUAAAAAAGAAUAAUGCCUGUAAUUAAUAUUACAUUCAUUAAUUUAUUUUUUUUACAUUUUAUUUUAACGUAAUUUAAAAUAAAAGCUAUUUAUAUUUGAUAAUACUUUGGUUUGGUCACCCUACUGACUUGUGACGCCGCCAUUUUUCUCGCAUAUAUACACGUACUAUACACACAACUGACGGAGCGCAAACAGAGCCACCAGUUUCGCGAAUAUUUCGAUGUGACCUGACUACUAGGGAUAAAUACGUAGCUACCAUCGAUCUGACCAACUUCAUGAAAUUAUCGGCCAAAUCACAAAAUGCCGGCACAUCAUAAUCUGCCCAGGCGGAUCGCGAUUGGCUCAGUUUAACCGGCCCGUGAGAUAUCAAUCUGUAACCGUGCAAUUAGACACCGCCAAGUCUUCAAGGCGGGCAAGUUGUCGCGAACCCAAGUAUUGGUUGUCAUUCAAAUGCGCAAACGAAUGAAUGCCAGUGUCAAGUCGUUUUGUUUAUGUACGCCUUUACAUAUUUUUUAAAAUAUUUUUUCUAAAAAUAAAAUUAGAUUCACAAAAGAUUUUUGAAACUUAUUGUUCUAAUUAACAUGUUUUUACCUAGUAAUUUUGUGCCAUUGUUUUGUACCGUCAUUUGUUUGUGUUCAGCUCGUGCAACUAUUAACAACAGUCUCCGAUAAGAAUGAUAAUAAUAAUUUAUUAGUGAACUAAAAGUUAAAACGUGCGGAUAAGGUGUAUUAAAAUUUAAAUUAGAUGACUACCGUUAAAAUGCAGUAUCUAAGUUUUUGAAGUACUUACAACAUUGUGGGCGUGUUGCGAACCGUCGCGUCAGAGCGGCAAUACGCGUUGGGUGUUCUCAUCAAGUUCUAGUCGGGUAUUGCCGCUUUAAGACACGGACUUCCAGUUAUUUGCUUUGUAAGAAAGUUUUGAGAUUAUUAUUAUAAUUAUUUAAAAAAGUAUGGAAGCUGUUAAUACCCAAUCAUUAGUAUUUGUUUCAAACUUUUAGCUGCUAAUCGACACCAUAUUUUAUUAAUAUCAAUAAUUUAGAAUUACUCAGUACUAAUUAGACAAUACGUCUGAAAAUGAAAUUUUCAGUUAGUUAAUUUAAAAGGCAGUGACAUCACAACAUGAUAUGUGUAUAUUCCGCUCGCUCGAAGCGAACAUUAUGGUCGUAGGAAAAUAUAUUUGCGUUGCUUGCUACCUUUUGUACAAACACUUUUUAAUUCUACAUGAAAUCGGCCGGUUUAGUUACUUUAGUUGUAAAAUAGUACGGUUGUAAGGAUUUGUUAGCUUUUUAUGUAUAUAUAUUUUUUAAAUAUUAUAUAAUCAUUUGUAUAUACUUUGUUUCUUAUCUCGCGUGAAUUACGAGCUGAGUAUUUCGUUUCACAUAAACUUGUAACAUGUUGUCAGGAUCUGAUGAAGAUUGGUACUAUUCGUUCUUAUUGUUAAUUAUCAUGCGCCGAGGUUUCUAGAAUGAUAUUCCACUUGAGAUGUGAUAGACUUGCCAGCUACCCGCGGGGGCGUAAUGCCACGUUAUACCCAGUAUAUUUGUCGUCAGCACAUUAACACGGCCCACGAGAAGAUUGAUGGAACAUUUAAAAAUUAAGUUGUGUGAGUUUGGACGUUUUGUAAAGUUUAGUGUACCCCUGGUAAGGUGUUUGGUUGCGUUUGCGGCUACUGAUGACGUGACUGUUUUAAUUGGAGUACGGGCACGACGUGUUUUGUGUUAUAUUUUCAUUUCAUGCAGUACAGCAUUUUAUAUUUAAAUAUUCAAUUUAGGUAAGUUUUUAUCUAUAGGGCUAACAUGCGCAACAUGACAGUUUUAUCACGGUCACUGUAUCGAUUUCUGACGAUAUAAUUAUGUCGUUUUGUCGAUUGGUGCUAAUAUUUGAACCCAUAUAAGUCAUGUCGUUCUGUAAAAAUACGAACAAAAAAACGUGACACGCAUGUUAGGGAAAAAAAGGAACUUGUCGAUUUUGACAAAAUUUAUUGAUAAGAUUGAUAAUUUUAUCAAGUUGCGCAUGUAUCCCUGCUUGAUACAAUGAUUUUAAUUUAUAUAGAAUUUUCAUAAUAUGGAAAAAAUCGUUAAGUGUAUUGUAAAUGAUUUGUUUUAGAAUCAAUUGUUUUAUUUACUGAAACACCUUGUCUUGUACUCUUAUUUCAUAAUAUCAGCAAUGUGUAAAGUAUGUUUAUAAUGUAAUGAAAAGAGAAAUUGAAUAAAAUUCAACCAUGUAAGUAUAUUUAUAAGGAAAAUUCUAAUGUGGAAUUGUUUUAAUAAUUACGCCUCCUAUUCACGAAGAUGACUCCUUUAAGGCUGUUUUAUAAUUGUAGGUAAAUAAGGCGGCUAGUACACAAUUAAUGUAGAUGUAGUAUGGGACAUGAAAUUGUGUAAGGAAAAUUGUUUGUAUAAAUACUAUAAGAUUUGUUAAUGUGACCAUACAUCCAUGUUUUCACUAGACAGCAACUGACGCGUAACAUGUGACGCAACGAAGGAACUUGUAUAGAUCAACUUUACAUCAACGACGAUGAUGGUUACAUGUUGCUUAGCGCGGGCGCAACUCAGACCGCAGGCGCAGUGUACAAGUCUCUAGGUCAAACGACGUCAAACAGUCUAAAUCAAUAUUCCCAAUGACCCCGAUUCCUACAGACACCUAGUUCUAUUUUAAGUUAAACUCUUCAUUUUCUUAUGCGCCGGAAAGGAAAGGGAUGGAUGAUUAUCAAGUGUAAAUUUUAAAAUGAAUGAGUGAAUGAAUUAAUAAUCCGAACUUAAUUAUCGGGUUGUGGGCCAUUAUAGAAAUCCUGCCUAAAAUUGACGUGUGUUCCGUAAAUUUUAUAUCUGUCGAUUACUCGUGCCUUUCCUUUUCGGCGCAUAAGAAUAUGACAGGUUUAACUUAAAACAAACUUAGAUGGUGUGUAUAGGAAUUAGUACCAUUAUUGACAUAAAUUAACGCUGGUUAACCAUUUUUACAUAACAUCGCGCAUUGUGUUCUCAACCCCAGUGUAUUAAUUAAUUUGUAUUCAUAUUUAUAAUUCUGACUUCUAUUACAACAUUUCCAAUCCUCCUGGGCGUAACACUUCGGACCUUACUACCUAUCAGCAUGAUUAGCAAUGAAGGUCUUUUUCUAAGUUACGUUCCUCAAAAAUAAUAUAAAUGGCGCUGUACGGUCACGAGCAUUAAUAAUGUAUACACUUACCAUGUUACAUUAACUUUUUUGACAAAUUAGACCGUAAGUCUCACUAAAUGUCAAAUAGAUAGUGCAACAGGGUUCUAAAGUGGGUACAUGAUAUUGCUCAUGACUGUACAGAUUCUAUUUCGUUUAACCAUAUAAUUUCAUAGAUAAGACAUAUUAUGCAUCUUUUAUCUUAGUUUUUGGUUAUAAAUAAUGACCCUUUUUAUUAUACCUAGGCACAAUUACAUCUUCCAACCAUUAUUAUUAUGAUCAAAAUAAAGAGAAGCAAUAUAGGUAGCCACAUAAUUCUGUACAUAAUGUGAUCCAAAUAUCAAGCAACAAUUAUUUUUAUAUACGAUUAAUUAUGUACCCAAGUAAUAUAGGCAAUUAUCACGUUAAAUUUGUACAGCGCCAUCUAUACUGUUUUUGGUGAACGUAGCCUGGAAAGUUCCUAAUUGUGUAGCGGGGUGGGAAUUGAUAGGUUUACUUCUCCGUCCGACGUCUGGAGUACAAAUUCCAUCACCAUCUCACUAAUAGCAUUGUGUACUUUCCGCCUUCUGGCCUUAUCAUUGUCCUAGGAUAAUAAUAAAGCAAUAAUGCAUGAUAAACGUGUAAUGUAAACUUAAUAAAUGUUAAAUGUUUCGAUCAUUAUUAUAUGAAUAUGUUUUAAAGACGUGUAAAUACUAUUUUAGAGUUAAAUAUAAUAUUAUUUAAUCAUUAAAACUGUUCUUAUUA